AUGAACUUGGUCGCGACGAAUGAUAUGGAUGAGAUCUAUGAGGAUCCUGAGUAUGGUGAGAUGGGAGAACUGGAGGAGUUAUUGACUAAGGUUGAUGAGAGUGAGGACUCGGAUGAUAUGGCUGCGAGUGUGGAGGCAGCAGUGAAGCAGGAAGAGGAGAUAGUGAUCACGGAGGCAGCAGCAGUAAACGGUGGAGAUGGAGACGAUGUCAACACUUUUGCAGCAGCGAUCGUGGUUGAAGAUGAAGCAGUAAAUGCGAAGUAUGUGGGAGUUGAAGCUGUGAAAGGGGACAUCAUGGUGAAAGGAUCAAAGGCGAAUGCAACUGCAAAGGGGCAAGUGCUUAAGGAGGAUGAACGCGUUGAAGGGUACGAGACCCGAGAGGCCAGCACUGGUGAAAAGAAAUGGCGCUGGGUGUCAUCAUCAUCAGCACAUGCAUGCUAUGCGGCAACAACAGGAUCAUGCUUUUCUCUAACCCUAUGCAUUUUUGUUGAAGCAGGAGCCAUACCGAGGGUUGGAGCUGCUGCUGCUGCUGGGCAGUUUUCCUCCAAACUUGCAGUGCUGGCCAGCGAGUGGGGCAACUUCAAUGGCAGCGACACAUGGCAGCGUCGCGAGGUGGACUGCCAUGCAAUGGAGGGCAUCCGGUGUGACAGGGACGGCCACGUCACUGCCAUCGCCUCUGAGGGAGUGGUGGAGCGUGGUGUGGAGUGGAACAGUGCAACUCACUUGCUCACCGCUGCUAUGCUCUGCAGCUUCAUGCCCCUCACUGGGAUUCAACACCAAAAUCACCAAUCGCCUCCCAAUGUGCUUUCCGUUUUUGUGUCUUCCAAUUGA